CCCGGAAGCAGCCCUGCGGUGGGCGGGAGAGGCCGGCGCUUGGGAGGGGAGGUCGCGCAGCACAGCUGUUGCCGGGACGAUGGCGGGGACGGCGCUCAAGAGGCUGAUGGCCGAGUACAAACAACUGACGCUGAAUCCUCCGGAAGGAAUUGUGGCGGGUCCCAUGAACGAAGAGAAUUUCUUUGAGUGGGAGGCGCUGAUCAUGGGCCCAGAAGACACCUGUUUUGAGUUUGGUGUAUUUCCUGCCAUCCUGAGUUUCCCACUGGAUUACCCAUUAAGUCCCCCAAAGAUGAGAUUUACCUGCGAGAUGUUUCAUCCCAACAUCUACCCCGACGGCAGAGUCUGUAUUUCCAUCCUCCACGCGCCGGGCGACGACCCCAUGGGCUACGAGAGCAGCGCGGAGCGGUGGAGCCCCGUGCAGAGCGUGGAGAAGAUCCUGCUGUCGGUGGUGAGCAUGCUGGCAGAGCCCAACGACGAGAGUGGCGCCAACGUGGAUGCUUCCAAGAUGUGGCGGGACGACCGGGAGCAGUUCUGCAGGGUCGCCCGGCAGCUGGCGCAGAAGUCCCUGGGGCUGUGAGGCCCCGGCCCACACAUGGACACGCGCAGUGACAGUGACACCCUGUGCUGGUACCCAAAAAGGCAAGCUUGCAGAAGCACAGCGUCUGGUUUUCCCCUGCCUUUCCCGCUCCAAACAGGCUUCUCUUCUGAAAUGGUGAUUUAUGUAGGACGAUGACGCCGGGCGCAGUUUUCCCCGUAUUCGCGUGGGUGGUCGGAGCCCUCGCCACUGCCCCUCCCAGCCGGGGCCCCGCACGCCCCGUCGGUAGUGGCUUCCCUUCCGUCUGCCGGGCAGGGGGCGGCCAGAACCAGUUGUCCUUCUGAAGAAGCAGCAGAGGGUGGGCGGGACAGCUCUGGCCUUGCUCCCCGCGUGCCCCAGGGGGACCGCUGUCUGCGUCCCUGCUUUCUAGUGCUUCGGGGGUGUUGUCCUUGUCAUCUGGUUACAGCUUUUUGUUUGUCGCGCAUUACAAACUAUCACACUUAGAAAUGCUUUCAGGAAAUAAAUACUUUUUAAAAAUGUGGAUUAAUGAAAAACGGGGUGUGUACGAGAGAGGUUUACUGCUGGUCGUAAGGACUGACCGCCUCUUCCUGGUCCCGUUUAGCGAAGAGGUACACCGAUGGCCGGGUUUACUGGCGCAUCACAGGGCGGGAGCACGCGAGACUGGACGUUUUGGUCAGUGUCUUCUGGACGCACAGGGGUCUGUCUUUUCCACAUAAACACGGGGAAGUUCUGACGUUCUGUACGUCGUGGCCGCGGCAGGAACGUUCAUUAUUGAGACAGUUCUUUUCACUUGGGGCUGGAAGGGAAUGUGCACCCCUAGUGAGCGCAGAGGCGUGCCUUAUCCCAACCUUGACCGGGGCCCGGGGGCGGGGGUGGGGGCGGGGCACUCAGUGUGGGGUGUGAUGUCCCUGCCCUGGCACCAGGGGCUCCGUUCUAAGCAAUAACAGAUCUGUUGCAGAAUCAAGUAUUUGGCCUGUCAGACAGGUUACGUCUAAAUAGGAAUUUCUAUUUUUGAAAUGGGGGACAGUCUACAGGACAUACCGUGGGUUUUACUUCUCAUCCUUCUCUCCUCAGUCGCGUGUCCAGCGGGCGGGAGUCCGUCUCACCGACACCUGACACAGGGUUGCUUGGUGUUCACGAGACUGGUGGGCGGGGCUCCGUCCAUGCUGGCUCUGUAAGGAAAGCAGACUCUUUCUUUCUCAGAAGGGAACCAUUUCAGAUUUGGAAUUCAGUACGAGAACUUGUAUUUGGAAGGGGAUCAGGAAGGGAGAGGGGUUGUACCUGAAUAGUAUUUGCGGGCGUAUUAAAUGAGACGCGGCCCUCUCCAUGGAGAGGGAAGGACUGGUCCGUGGGGGGAUGUGGUCCGUGGACACGGCUGGUGUGCGGGCGCUGUGGCCACGGGGUUUCCGUGAAAUCUGGAGAAGGGAGAGAGGCGAUCUCUUUGCAAGCAAAAUAUUUUUAUUCACUUGUAUUUAUUAAAUGGAAACAAAGAGAAUCUCAUGUCCUUACUUUGUGGUGGAGUUUAAUUACUAUGUUAAAAAUAAAGUUAUAUAUUUUCCCCCUA